UCCAGCGUCCACCCGCCGCGGGAUGGCGGCCCUGAGGACUUGGCUGUCGCGGAGCGUGUCCUCCCUGCUCAGGCACGGGCGCUGCGUUCCUGCCGCGGCCAGCUUGAGGAAGCGCUGCCUGUCGGAGCUGGGGAGGCCCUGGCGCAAAGCGGUGGCCUUUGGAUUUGGAGUCACCCUCUGUGCGGUUCCCAUCGCCCAGAAAUCAGAGCCGCAUUCUCUCAGCAGUGACGCAUUAAUGAGGAGAGCCGUGUCCCUGGUAACAGACAGCACCUCGACCUUUCUCUCGCAAACCACGUACGCGUUGAUUGAAGCCAUCACUGAGUAUACUAAGGCCGUUUACACCCUGGUUUCUUUGUACCGACAAUACACAAGCUUGCUUGGGAAGAUGAACUCGCAGGAGGAGGAUGAAGUGUGGCAGGUGAUCAUAGGAGCCAGAGUGGAGAUGACUUCAAAACAACAAGAAUAUUUGAAGCUGGAAACGACCUGGAUGACAGCACUCGGUCUCUCCGAGAUGGCAGCAGAGGCUGCGUACCAGACGGGAGCAGACCAGGCCUCCGUCACCGCCAGAAGUCACAUCCAGCUGGUCAAGUCGCAGGUGCAGGAGGUGCGCCAGCUCUCCCAGAAAGCAGAGACCAAGCUGGCCGAAGCGCAGACCCAGGAGCUGCGACAGAAAGCCCAGGAGGAAGGGGACGAGGGCAGCGAGCCCGAGCAGGAGGCCUACCUACGCGAGGACUGAGGCUGUGCCUGCUGCCCUGACGGCCACGCACAGGGGACAGCGGGGUGUGGCCAGGGGCCUCGGCACUCCCAGCAUGCCUUGCUGGAGGUUGGUGCCCUGUUAACCCAGAACCGCAGUCCGCACAGUUGACCUCUGACCUCACACAUGAAGUGCUGACCUUGGCCAGGGGACUCUGUUCUGC